GCUUUCUUGGAGAGCACGGUCCAAUGUCAAUGUAACACAUAUGCAUGCACGUGGCUAAUGUGCAGUACAGCAGUAGUAGUUCAAGUGGUAGAAGCUGUCCAACCGCUGAAUCGGACGAAAUGCGGACAAAAUCAUAAACGAAAGAAGAAAUAAACUGAUUAUUUUAAGCUUGUAGUCAGCGAAGAAGACAUUCUAGUUACAUCUGUCUCAAGGCUCAUGUGACAACAUGGGUAAAAAUAAGACCAAAAACCAGAAGACCUCACGUCAAAAGGCUAAUCAGUUGGCGGAGGAGACCUUUGGCUCAGUCCCACACAGCUUUGUCUUCCACAGGGGGAAAAUUGGCAAGAAUGUCGGUCAGCUUGUGUCGGACAUGCGGCAGGUCAUGCAGCCAUACACGGCAGAGUCAUUAAAGGUGCGGAAAAAGAAUGUCCUUAAAGAUUUUGCGACGGUGGCGGGGCCACUGGGAGUGACACACUUUGCCAUCUUUACCAAAACAAAAACCAGCGUGAACUUGAGACUGGCUCGCAUCCCUAAAGGCCCCACGCUACAUUUUAAUGUCAGCAAGUAUGCCCUCGUCAAGGAUGUGGUGUCAUCCCUGAAGAAACACAGAAUGCAUGAGCAGCAGUUCACCCACCACCCACUGCUGGUGCUAAACAACUUUGGUGUAGAGGGCAUGCAUGUCAAACUAAUGGCCACCAUGUUCCAGAACAUGUUCCCAUCCAUCAACGUGCAUAAGGUAAAUCUUAAUAACAUUAAGAGAUGUGUCCUACUUAACUAUGAUCCAGCAUCACAGGAGAUAGAGUUUCGGCACUACAGCAUAAAGGUGGUGCCAGUGGGCAUGAGCAAAGGGGUGAAGAAGCUCAUGCAGGAGCGCUUCCCCAACAUGAGCAAGUUUGAGGACAUCAGUGAGCUGCUCCUCAAGGGGGCGAACCUGUCGGAGAGCGAGGCCGAGCUGGACGGCGAUCACAACAUCACAGAGCUGCCCCAGGCCUACUCCGGCCGCGGAAACAUGACCUCCCAGCAGAGUGCAGUGCGCCUAACAGAGAUUGGCCCAAGAAUGACACUGCAGCUGGUGAAGAUCGUGGAGGGCUUAGGGGAGGGCAACGUGAUGUAUCACUCCAUCGUAUCUAAGUCUGAGGAGGAGCUGAUGGAGAUUCUGAGGAGGAGGGAGGUGCGUCUGAAGGAGAAAGCGGAGCGCAGGAUGAAGCAGGAGGAGAACAUCGCCCUAAAAAAAGAGCAGAGGGAGGCGAACAAAAAGAAGAGCCUGGAAGGCAUAAAGAGGAAGAAGCUGCAGGCUGGUGGAUCAGACGACAGUGAGGUGGAGGAUCCAGGGGCGCAGGACGACAAGCCUGCCAAGGCAGAAUCAUCUGAGGACGAGGCCGAGUACUACAGACAGGCUGUGGGGGAAGACCCUGAUGAAGAUAUGUUCCCAGCUGCUAAGAGGAAACGUGACCCCAGCAGGUCUCCUGGACCUUUCAAGAAGAGGAAAAUGUCAGCAGGAAGGGGUGCCCCUUUAAGCGGCAACGACAGGAAGAAGCCAGGCUCAAAAUCUUUCACCAAGCCAGGAUUUGGAGGGAAGAAGAUGGGGCAAGGAGGCAAGAGGUUCGGGGGCAAAAAGAUGCAAGAGGAAGGUGGGAAGUUUGGGGGCAAGAGAAUGGGUGGUGGCGGCAAAAAGUUUGGAGGCAGAAACACAGGAGAAGGACGCAGAGACUUCCAGGGAAGGAAUGCAAAGGGUGGUGGUGGCGGCGGCUCUAAAUUUAAAGGCCCCAAAAAAGGAGGGGGGAGGCAAGGCUUCAAACAAAAGAAAGGGAGGAGUUGAUUGCUAUUAUACUGUACCAAUAGUCCCUGGAUGGCUGCAAUCCCAGGACUGAACACUCGGUGGCACUGUGGCUCUGCUGAGAGCUCUGAUUGUCACUAUGCAUUGAGAAGCUGUGGAUCUUGGUGAGAUCAAUGUGUUUGUCUUUCUGUGCCUUGUAAAAAAUAUGUAUCGUCUGUAAACUCAUUGCCAUUAAAAUGUGUACAUUUUGGUUAAA